AUGUUCGAGCAGCGCCUGUUUGAGCUCAACCCCAGCCAGCCCUACCUGCAGUACGAGCCGCGCGAUGUCGGCGUCUUCAUCGACAGCAUGCCCCACAUCGGCCUUCUCAUCUUCGACGACCGCGCCGGCGCGUACGUGCCGCACGCGAAGGGCGCCAUCAAGCAGCGAGUGGAGCAGCUGCUGCGCUCGCGGGCAAAGUGA